AAAAUACAUUUGGUUAUGCGGUCACGCUGCAUUAAACAUACAAUAUCUGUCGCGUUGUCAAAUUGCUAAAACAAGUUGUUUUUUUUUAUUUACUUCCUUCUUGCCAGACAAGGUAAAGAGGAAUUGAUUUAAGAAAACAAACAUAAUGGCCAAGAAGGACGAUAAAACGCAGGCUGCCGAUGAGCUGGUUAAGGUGAACAAGUGGGAUGGAUCUGCAGUGAAACACGCUCUGGACGACGCCGUGAAGACUUGCCUGCUGGGCGACCGUCCGCAACUCAAGGAACAAUUCGGCUUGGUCAACACUCGCUUAGUGCUCUGCGCCCUGGCCGUUGGCGUUGCCAUAAUGGCCCAUGCCUGGGAUUUCACUCAUCCGUUUCCCCAAUCAAAACCGGUGCUGCUUUUCAGCGUGCUGGCCUAUUUCGCUCUCAUGGGCGUUCUCACGCUUCAUACCACAUUCCGCGAGAAGGGCACCUUUGUUGUGGCCGUCCAAAAGGAUGCCGGCACCAAGGCGUCACGCACCUGGGAGGCCAGCUCCGACAUGAAGAAAUAUGACGACAAAUACAUGCUAACACUCGGUGUGCGGGAUGGGCGUGGCCAGCGUGAACAGACGAGCAUCAAGUCGUGUGCCGCCUUCAUCGACGCCAACGGCAUCAUUCUCGACAAUCUGGUGGCCAACGAGGUGAAUCGACUCUACAAUUCGCUCGCAGCUGAAAAGAAGGACAAGUAGCUUCAACCGCCCCCGACGCCAACGCCGCCGUCACUCACCCAGUCGCUGAUUGUCUAAAAAAUUUGCCGCUUUUCAACGAUUUUUGUGUGUUUUUAU